AAAUAAUAAAUUUAUUAAUGAAUUAUUAAUCUUCCCCCAUGUCCAUUUUACUAGUCACGUAUGUAGGUGCGACAUGUUAUAUAGGAUUUAUUGCUAAUCCUAAAAUUAUUAUUCUACAAAUAGAUUAGCAAUAUUAACGUGUUAGAUCUUAUUACUUGUCGCAAAGCUAAGUGGGAAAAUGAAAUCGUGGCACUUCGUCUUCUUGUCCAUUACAGUUUUGGGAAGUUCUGCUUGGAAUCAUUGGGGAGAAACUGACCCGUUUCAUCGACUAAUAUCUCAUUCCCUAUUUGGGAAUACACCAUAUUUUGGCAGUUCCUUGGUUGCGAGGACACCAGAUAUUAACCGUGCUAUAAGUGACGAAGACAUAAAUCCAAUAGACUUCAGGAAUCUUCUACGAGAUAUACUAGAGAUACCAGUAAUGAAAUUAUUCUCUAUUCAUAGCUCCUGUGAUAUGUGUAAAGAACUGGUAAACAUUAUUCACAGUCGUGGAUAUCGUCAUAGCAAGGUGCCAAAAUUCAUAUGCCAAGUCUACUAUCUAAUGGCUAACUUAUCUUUUCCUACAUUUUGUUCGCAUAUGGCAAAACAAAACUUACCGGUGCUAAAGUACGUAUUUAAUAACAUUGAAAAUGUGGAUCCAGAGCUGGUUUGCACGAUUGUUCUUCAAACAGAAAACUGUACAUAUUCCAAACCAGCCCUGUCGUGGACUACACGGAUACCUAGAAGAACACUACCUAAAUAUCCAAAGCAUGAAAAAGAUCCAAAUAAAAGACCCUUAAAAAUUCUACAUUUAACUGGUCCACAUGUUUCAUUCGAUUAUGAAGAAAAUGGAGCAGUUGAUUGUGGUGCGCCGUUAUGCUGCAAAAAGGGACUAGGAAAUAAAUCAAGCGGGAGAAAUGCUGGGUAUUGGGGAGAAUACACUUGCGAUAUCCCUCCAUGGCUUUAUGGCGAUACUCUACAGCAGAUCAGUAACACUCAUAAGGACUUGGACUUAAUCUAUUUCACUGGAGGCAUUAGGGACCAUACACUCUGGAAGUCAUCACAUUAUGCCAUGACAGAAGCAAUAUUUCUUGCAUUUAAAUCUUUAAAAGCUACUUUCCCUGAUACUCCACUGUUCCCUGUAAUUGGAAACCAUGAACCGAGUACUCAGAAUCAGUUUGCUCCUAAUAAACCAGACAUCUAUUCAAAAGGUCUCUCCACUAAAUUACUGUAUAUUCAUUUUGCGGCAUUCAGUCAAUGGUGGUUACCGGAGAAUACUUUGAAGACUAUUCAAAGUCAAGGCUACUAUGCUCAUUCGGUCAGUGAUAGAUUAAAAAUUAUUGGAUUAAACAAUAAUGUUUGCUACAAGUUUAACUGGUGGUUAUUAUUAGAAACAAAAUUCCUUGAUGAGCAGUUACAAUUUUUAGUAAAAGAAUUGGAAGAUUCAGAGAAGAAUGAGCAAUACGUUCAUAUCCUUACUCACAUACCAGUUGGUAAUAAUGAUUGUAUAAAACCGUGGGAGGCCAGUUACAAUAUAAUAGUCCAAAGAUACGCUCAUAUUAUAAAAGGACAGUUUUAUGGUCAUACUGGUACUGAUGGAUUUAAAAUAUUCUAUGACAGAUUCAGAAGUCCUAUUAACGCAGCUUUCAAUGGGGCGAAUUUAUCACCAUACCAAAAUUACAAUCCCUCCUACAAAAUAGUACAUGUCCAUCCUGAUACAAUGGACGUCGUUGACAUCGAAACCUAUUAUUUCAAUUUGACAGAAGCAAAUCUCAGUCCAGAUAGGAGUCCGAACUGGAAGAAAUUAUAUUCAAUGAAAGAAGACUAUGAUCUACCGGAUCUGUCACCAAAAAGUUUAGAUGGCUUGGUAGAUGCAUUGUUUACUGAUACAGAACUGAUGGACAAUUACUGGAAAUACUCUGUAAGACUUGCUGAUCCAUCGCUGAAUGAAAAAUGUGAUAAAAAAUGUCUUCAAGAAAUGCGCUGCAACAUUGUUACCACCCAAUCUGGACAUCCUGAAAAACGGCAGUGCAAACAGCCGACUUUGUAAUGUUCUUCAUUGCAUUGUAUUAGGGAUUAGAAAAUAAAAUUUAUUUUUAAACAAUUAAA